UCGUCUUCACCGUCUCGGGAAACCCUAGUUCGUCAGUUGUAAACAGGUAGAGUUUUAGCCUUUUAGGUAACAUUUGGUGGCCAAUGGCUCCUUCGAAAGUUGAAUCCACAAAAAAGACUGACCCAAAAGCCCAGGCCCAAAAGGCUGCCAAGACAGUGAAAUCAGGUGGAGGGACUUUUAAGAAGAAAGCCAAGAAAAUACGAACAUCAGUUACAUUUCACCGGCCAAGGACACUGAAGAAGGAAAGAAGUCCCAAGUACCCUCGCAUUAGUGCCCCUCCCAGGAACAAGCUUGACCAGUACCAGAUCCUCAAAUAUCCCCUCACAACUGAGUCUGCAAUGAAGAAAAUUGAAGACAACAACACUCUUGUCUUCAUUGUUGACAUCCGUGCUGACAAAAAGAAGAUAAAGGAUGCAAUGAAGAAAAUGUAUGACAUUCAGACCAAGAAAGUGAAUACCUUGAUCAGGCCUGAUGGGACAAAGAAAGCAUAUGUUAGGUUGACGCCAGAUUAUGAUGCUUUGGAUGUGGCAAACAAGAUUGGUAUUAUUUAAAAUAGUAACCAACCUUUCUAGAUUCAAAUUAUGUCUUUGCUUGAAGUAUUUUAUAUUUUAAUUACAAUGUUGGUUGAGAACCUUGAUCGGAGAGAUGAGGCUAUAAUUACAUAAAUGGGUUUUGAUUGAGUUGCAUUUUAGCUGGA